GGAGAGAAACCUGCACACACACAUGCACACACACAUAUACGAACACAAUGCAUCAGACACCCUUUCAACAAAGGAAACCAAUAAAGGAAAAUGCUGCGUUUUUCUGGAAGACUGCUCUACCCAUGUGGCUGAAGACAGUGCUCUGCACUCACCUGCGCUUCAUGUGGACGGCUUUAAUGGUUCUCGCUGUUCUGUGUGUGGCAAUUCAGAUACUCGGGGUGACCAGACAUAGCAGGAAAGAACAGAUCCUGAAACAGUUUGCCACCGAAAAGCUGUUUAAUAUGAGGUUCAUAUUUGAAGUUGAAAGGACAAUCACAUCAACGCAACAUCAAUUGGAAGAAGAGCCCUCUAAAAUACCUUUUCAAGAAUACAAAACAGGAAUGGAAAGAGAACAAACUUUCCAAACAGAUAGAGACAUCAGCCACAUAUCCCAGAAACCCACUCCAGUUUACAAAGACAGCUAUAAAAAGGAUUCUAACGUAAGCUUUUCGGAUGGUACCUCUCAAGCCAUUGCUGAAAAGAUUCUCAUAAAAAGCAGGGACACUGAAAUAUCUGUAUCGUUUCUGAGCUCUGCGAUCAACCUCCAAGAUCCUUCAAAGAAAAUCAUUGGAGCCACAGACUUAAAGGAUGUAAAACAUCAAGAAGCCAAAUGUCAUUCAGAAGUUAAAAUUGACUCUGAUGGCCCAGUUUCUGCUCUCAAAGAACAAACAAAGACAAGACAAGCAGAUGAUUUGGACCCUAAAGAAUCAGCUACCUCUCAAGGCCAAAUCUCAAGGUUACCAGUCCAUCCAGAUAUCACAUUACACAAAAAUGCUAACCCAUCACCUGUAACACAAAGUUCCACCAAACAGGAAGGGAUACCAAUGGCAAAUUCAGACACCAAGAAUCACCACAUUGAAAGCCCUGUGACUUUAAAACAGCAGCCAAAGACUGACAAAGACCAGCGUUCAUCAGCUCCCCUUGCACCUUUGGUGGGCAACAGGGACCUGCUAGAAAGCAGCACCCUUCCUGAGCUCCACCCAGGAGCUUUAAAGCAACUAGACAAAGCAAGCACAUCUUGCCAGCAAAAAACUCACAUUGUGUUUCUCAAAACGCAUAAGACAGCUAGCAGUACCAUCUUGAACAUUUUAUACCGCUUUGGAGAUGCCAGGAACCUGACUUUUGCCCUUCCCCAUGGCAAACACAACCAACUUUUUUACCCCUUCUAUUUCACAGCUUUUUUCGUUGAAGGCUUUAAGUCAAAGACCAUUAAGGAAUAUGACAUCAUGUGCAAUCAUAUGAGGUUCCACAUAUCAGAGGUUAGGAAAGUAAUGCCAGAAGAUUCAUUCUAUUUCUCCAUCCUGCGGAACCCAGUCACCAUGAUGGAAUCCUCUUUCUCUUACUACAAAUACAUACCAGCUUUCUCAAAAGUCAGCACACUGGACCAAUUUCUUCAGGAUCCCUGGAGUCACUACAACGCUUCACUUCCCAAUAACCACUAUGCAAAGAACCUGCUGAUGUUUGACUUUGGGUUUAACAACAACGGGAAAGACGAGAGGCAUCUCAACCUGUCCAUCGCCAUGAUAGCGAAGACCUUCAAUCUCAUUUUGAUUUCAGAGUAUUUCGACGAGUCCAUGAUCCUGCUGAAGAACGCCCUCUGCUGGUCCCUUGACGAUGUGGUUUCCUUCAAACUCAACAGCAGGAACAACAAAACAAAACAGCAGCUGUCCCUUGAGACCAUGGAGAAAAUAAAAGAGUGGAACUCCCUGGACUGGAAGCUCUACCUGCAUUUUAACAGGACAUUUUGGAGGAGGAUCGAUGAGUCUAUGGGGAGAGAGAAGAUGCAGGAUGAAGUCAAGAAGCUCAGGGACAGGAGGAACCAACUGAUGAAAAUCUGUCUCCAGGAAGGAGGGGCGGUGGACCCUUCCCAAGUAAAAGAUACCUCCUUUAAGCCCUUUCAGUACGGAGCUGCUGAAAUUCAGGGUUAUAACCUCAAUCCCCAUCUGAUUGACCAAACCAAAACACGAUGUCAGAGGCUCAUUACACCAGAGCUGCAGUACACUGCAUUGCUGUAUGACAAGCAGUUUCCAGACAUGGUCUUGAAGGCCUCAGUUCAAAACAAGACAAAGCAAACACAUUCCCAGACUUGGAAAGCAAGUAAAGCAAAGAUGAGGCAAAGAAGGAAUCUUAACCACCAAGGGGCUGAAAAUCAGAACCUUAGACAUAAUGUCUAUAGGAAAAGAGGCCCAAAAAGGACUGCACAGAACAACCUUCCAAACAUGCCAUGACAUAAGUGCUGCUAAAUAUUUUUGCCACAGAACUGGCAAUCUACCCAUAGUGACUUCUAAUGGGGCAUGGCAGGCAUUGGUGUAGUCAAGAUUUUGUUUUGGGGGGUGGGGUUUCGCAGAUGUGUAAUAAUUUAUAAAAAUGUUUCUGCAAGUAAAAAUGAACUACACUUCAAACUUGCAAUGAACUCGAAAUUGCCCUGUUAAGAACAAUGAUGUUUCACCUCACAGUUACAUUUAGAAACACUACUAUGCAGUUAUCAAACAUACAAAAUUAAAUAAAAAAAAGAAUAACCUACCUUAUCAGAUGUUUAGAUCCCCAAGCCCAUCCUCCUGUUUUUCAUUGCAAACUUGUCGAGUACUUAUAGGUCUCGGUUUUACAACAGCUGUUAAAAUCAUGAUUUGCACAGGACUAAAAACCAGGUGUCCUCAGAGUUAGUCAAAAGCAGAGGAUAUCGGGGCUUCCGAGUGGCGCAUCCAGUAAAGGCGCUCUGCGUGGAGUGCAGGAUGCACCCUAUAGUCUGGAUGUCGCCAGUUUGAGUCCAGGCUAUUCCUUUGCCGACCAAGGACGCGAGCUACCAGGGGAUGGCGCUCAAUUGGCCGAGCACCUCCCGGGGAGGGAGGGCUAUAUCGGCCAGGGUGUCCUUGGCUCACUGCUCAUCAGCAACCCCUGUGGUCUGGCCGGGCGCCUGCAGCCUUGCCUGUAAGCUGCCCAGGGCUGCGUUGUCCUCUGACGCUGUAGCUCUGGGUGGCUGCAGUGUGUAAAAAAAGUGGGCAGCUGACGGCACACGCUUCGGAGGACAGUGUGUGUUCGUCUUCACCCCACCUGAAUCAACAUGUAUGUUCAUUUUUAAACAUGACAUCUGGACCUACAGUAGGUUAAAGAACGUUCUCAAUUUGCUAGUGUGGUCUUCCAGGAAGUCUGUUACUGCUGUGCUUCCUAGGUCAUUUCACAUGAGCAGUGUUUGGAGUCAAAGCAGUCCAGUAAUUAGUGAAGCAGCUGGCUGGUUACUGACAGGAAAGAAGCCAUUGAAGGGGUGGGGACAAUUUCACUUUCCCGGAGAAAUAGUCAAGGAAGGUGUAAGACAAUUUGAAAGCAAGGCUUGCAAAUGGAGAUUUCUUUAACCUUGUGUAGUAACAAAUGUAAAAAUGAAAAAGAAACAUGUUCCUUUCACAACUGUACUUUUGAGACCUUUAUAGUGAAUGGACGUGCAAGUUAGGAAAAAUGUACGGAAUUCUUUUGUUAGCUAUAAUUAUUUUAACAAUUAGAGGAAAUAAAAUGGAAGCCCUGCAUUUAAUGUCUUCUACUCACUAGGAUAUAACAUUUAUAUCCCCACACAGCAGUAAAUAGUUGCAGGCCCCAGGGACUACUGUUGCACUGUAGCUCAUAUAUGUCAUUGAACUGAAGCAAAGAAGACUGAACUAUGGAAGAAUUCGGUCAACAGACACCAGCGAAUGUUAUAUAAACAAUAGUGUCUGCCGAUGAAGGCUCUACCAUGUGUUAACCGCUAUUGGGAGUUAUGCAUCGCAUGGUGAGGGCGCUAACGAAAGGCAAGGUCAACUAUCCCACGGAAGAGCAUUCCUCGAGAGGGCACUUUCACUAUUAGAAAACAAUCUUUCUUAUUAUUUGCUUUAAAACAACACUGGUGAGGUGAGGAUUGCUGUGUCCUGAUAAUUCUACGUGGAUCUAGGCACACCAUUGAGCCUGAUAAUGGACUUACAGAGUUCAUAAUGAAAUUCCCUUUACUACACAGUCUAUUCCCACCAAGUAAUGGACCUGGAGCCAUCUAAUCAAUGGAGGAUGAGGAAUUCUGAGGAAUGCAAUAGACAUGUAUUUAAAACUGAACAUGAUUGUUGGACACUGCAGCUUUGACAGACUUGUAUGGUACAUACUGGUGCUGUGUAUACAUUCUAAAUACAUAUGUAGUUAAAUAAUGCAUUUGGUAAAAGAAACAGUUGUGUUAUUUGCAUUGUAACAUAGUGUAAAUGGUCAACAAAACAUGUAAAGCUGGGUGCAUUUUUAAAUAAAUCUCUCUUUUUUUGCAUAAAAUCACAUGUCACAAUAUUCUCUUUUCUCUAAAAUAUUAAUUUGUGGAAACCAGGGAAGAAAUACACGAGAACACCUCAUUCUGAAUAAAGAAACGGCACCAUUUUACCAGAAAAUAUUUCCUACUUAGGUAUUACCAAAUCAUAUAUACCUGUAAUUUCAAAUUAUUCCUACUCACUGCUCUUAUCUUCCAAUUUAAUGGAUUAUCUUACCUUUAAAAUGUUAAGAUCAGCGAUAAAUCAAGGUGUUUGAAACCAGGUGUAUAUUAUAUAAGGUUAAAGAGCAGGUGCAGUGGUAUUUUGUACGUUUCCCUGACAAUUAUAUGGUGUUUUAAUCAGUUUGAGUGAUUUUGGGCUCUAUUCCUCAAAUUUGAAUGAUCCCUUUUCUUUAAAUCUGCCUACAGCUGGCUUUCAGCUUGUCAUUCUAUUUGAAUCUUGUGACAGUAUGACCUGUUAAGCCCCACCCCACUACACACACACACGUGUGUAUAUAUAGAGAGAGGUUUACAGAGAUGAAAGUUCACAUUGUUACAUAACCUUGUUACUUUUCAAAAAAAUCAUAAUAAUAUAUCAUACUCCUAUAAUGCAAUGCCACUUAACAAGGUUAUUCUUUUUGAAAUAUUAUUGUGGCAGGGUGAGACAUGGAUAGGGUUGACAUUUCCUAACCCUGCAGGAAAAAGCUCUGUCUGGUCCUCUCCGUUCCAGCCUGGUGAGAAUGUGGCUGGAAUGUUAGAAACCAGCAUCCCGACUGAUUGUCCCCUAAACACUUCUAUUAAGAAAUGAACUGACGGGUUCACCUGUAAGGCAGGUCAUUAUACAAGUCAGCUGGGUGUGAGGGAGAAGUGGUGAUGAAGUGAGGAGUGUUCCUGGCACUUUGUUUAACAAGUUCUUUGUUGUAAAUAAAAGUGCACAAAUGUGCUGACAU